AGCUUUGUCUGUUCUGAUUGGAAUAGCAGGGAAGAAGCAUUUUACAUGAACAUGCUAACAAGAAACUGAACCUUGUCUUGUUGUAGUAACUUUAUAUCUUCGUGAAUUCACCGCCUCUGUGUCCGCCUGAAGUCAUGCUGCCGCUGAAGGAGAAGGAUAAACCCAUCAUCCAGAAGCUGCUGUCAGCUGGCUGCUGUGUCCGCUGUGUCCUCAGGUUCUGUUGUGUGAGCGUCCAGGCUGCCUACAGAAAACCUCACCAGGAUACACUUAAAGAACUCAAAGCCUUCAUCAACAACACAGAAAACAGCAAAUCACAAGAAUCAGCAGAAGAAAACAGCAAAUCCCAUGAUGCAGCAGUACCAGAUCCAACUGAAGACCCCCCAAGUAAAAGAGCGAAACUGGAGCCCAGUGAGACUGGGUGUCUGCCAGAGGACGACACUGCUGCUGCUGCUGUUGUCAAACUGAAGGAUGAAGAGUCGAGUGUGUGUGUGGUGUGUUUGGGGAUCCUGCAGGAACUCUGUGGCCUGACUCAGGCUGUAAAGAUAGCAGAGAAGGUGAAGGCAGAAAAGUACGAGUUCGACACUCUGGUGCUGUCUGUCUCUCUGCCUGCUCAGCUGUGUGUCCGAGAGCACUCCUGUUGGCUUCAUGUGAAGAAGGAAUUAAGAGAGAAGAGUAUGGCAGUCGACAAGGACGACGUCAUCCAGGUGAAGGAGGCCUUUAAGUGGAUCAUGCAGGGUCAGGUCGCCAAGGAGCUGGGGGGCGUUGCAGUAGUUACCAGGAGUUUCUUCGAGGUCGGUGUGGAGUUCACUCACCCAGAGACGGACGCUGACUGCCACUUCCUAGCAACAACAUGUGCUGACUGCUUCAAACCCACCAAGAACAAACAGUCGGUGUUCACCCGGAUGGCCGUGGUCAAAGCUCUGGAAAAGAUAGAUGAUGCAAAAUUCCUUAAACAUUACCCUUGUCCACCAGCUCAGCCGAGCAGCAGCUGCAUCUCUCAGGACGUCCAGUGUCUCCACGUGUCUGUCUUUGUGGCAGGGAGGUACAACAAGUUCUGUCGCAGUCUACCUCAGACUCCCUGGGUCAUCGACGGAGAGAGGAGGAUGGAGUCGUCGGUGGAGGAGCUGAUCGCAGCGCCCAUCCUGUCUGCCUUUAGAGCUGACGGAUUCAAUUUCUCCUCGUCUGGCAGGGAAGAUGUGGAUGUCCGGACUCUUGGAAAUGGUCGUCCGUUUGCGAUGGAGCUGCUGAAUCCUCACAGAUCCAGAUUCAGCAAAGUGGAGAUGAAGCAGCUGCAGGAGACCAUCAACAAGUCUUCAGACAAAAUCAGGGUGAGAGACCUGCAGAUUGUUACCAGGGAGGCCAUGAGUCGGAUGAAGGAGGGAGAGGAGGAGAAAACCAAGUCAUACACGGCGCUCGUCUGGACUCAGAAACCCAUUCAGAGUGAAGACAUCGCCUUCAUCGAUGACAUCAAGGAUCUGACUCUGGACCAGAAGACUCCUCUGAGGGUGUUGCACCGACGGGCGCUGGCCGUCCGUCAGCGAGUCGUCCACAGUAUGACCACCCGCUUCCUGGACUCUCAUCACUUCUACCUGGGGCUGAAGACACAGGCCGGGACUUACAUCAAAGAGUUCGUCCACGGAGACUUCGGUCGCACCAAACCCAACCUGUGUCAGCUGCUGAAGACCGAUACCGACAUCCUGGAGCUCGACGUGGAGUCUGUGGAUGUGGACUGGCCUCCGCCCAUACCAGAGUGAACGCUGCCGCCGCCUUCGUCCUGUCUCUGAGAGGCCACAGAUGUUCAAUUUCCAUGAGACCGAAGGUGACCGUGUGUAGGAGAACGACACCAGACCAUGGACAUGGUUCAGAGUGCCUGAGACUGUAACCAUAAUGUGGAGGUGAAGAGGGAACCAUGAACUCACAGCAGUCACACAGUCCUGCUGGCUGCUUUGUGAAGCCUGCUCCGUUCAUGGUUUGGUUCUGGAUUUGCCUCCUUGACUGUGUCUUCAGUUUUAUCACAGCAAAUGUUUUUGUACACUUUCGAGUGGUCUUCUUCUGUUGUGAUUAGUUUCAGGCAAGUCGUUUUUUCUGUAACAAGACUGUAAGUGAAAUGAAGCAGUGACGCUCAUUAAACCAGAAUUGUUUUGUUUGGUAUGAAAAUGUAGAGACAGAUUUUCUAUUUUCACUUUUUACCACCAGUGAUGCAAAAAAAACGUCCAGUUUGUCCUGAUGAUGGCGCCAGAGGAUCAGUGUUGUUACCUAAAUCAGUAGGGUUACUUUUCAAUAAGCUACAUACGCUUCCUUGUGUCCUCUCUCCUUCUGUGAACCAGAAGUCAUUCCCCCCUUCUACCAUCAUGAAGGAUCUUCCAAUCCCUUAAAUGCACCUGGAGGAGUCAAGGAGAGAGGAGGCUUCUGGAGGAGCUUAGCUUAGCUGAUGUUGCUUAAGACUGAUGCUAUGGAACCAAGGAUUACUUAUUUGGUAGCAUCGGCUCCUCGCGUCCUAUUUUCACAUCGUCACUGAGAGGAGCUAAGACACAAGCAAGGGAAGUGAGGAGCCACGUAAGGAUGUUGAAAAUCAUCCUUAAGUCUGAACUUUAUCCUCAGCUGAGUUUCACGUAGCUUCAUUCAAGAUCUCAGACUUCAUGCUGCUGAAUCACAGAGUAAUCGCUCCUGAUGUAAACCUGAGGGGGAAAACCAAACAAUAUUUAAUUUACUGUUAUCCAGCAGCACGGUUGUAUCAUCAAAGGUGUCGUCAUCAUCUCAUUGACAAACGAUUCUGCGAUAAAAGGGUAAGAUAUUGUGGAAACCAACGUUUCUGUUAAGUAUUUCCACGACAUAUUUCUACAACUUCAAGAUAAAAUACCAAAAAUGUUCAGACGUUUCCUCUUAAGGUCUGCAGAGGAAAGAGGCCCCGAGAUACGAUAAUAUCACGAUCCCGAAGUCACAAUACAAUAUCAUAUAACUUUCGCGAUAUGCUGAUCAUUGGGAUAAUAUAUAUUUUUAUUUUUUAUAUUUAUUUAAAUACAAGUUAUGUACCUAAAGUAAAACUUUGCCAACAUCUGUCGUAUCUAAUAAGAUAAAGUUUUCGGUCAUCUCACUUCACUCACUUUUCAUUUCAGCAAAAUGUAUCUAAAAAUAAAUUAAUUUUAUUCUUCUAAUAGGCUACCAAACGUUUAAUUUCUACUGUCAAUAUUAAUAACUUAGAUAAUAAAAAAUACAUACUUGGCAUCUGUGUAUUGAUAUAAUAUUACCACAUGGAUACGAAGCUGAUUCGAUUUAUUUUUCCCCACCUUUCACAUCAGUUGGUGCUGUUCUCUGUGUUCACAGGCAGCAGUAAAGACACAGCAGACAUGAUGCUCUCUGUUAUCUGAUGUAACUGAGUCUCACGUUUCAAGUGUCUCCAAAUUAAUUUUUACAGCAAACUGAAGUGAAACAAAUUAACCUGGAAAAUAUUAAUAUCACAUUAGGAAGUCUGAUUCUCUGUGGUGUGUGGGACUGGCUAUCAAACGCAAUACUGUUUCAUACAAGCUAUAUUAUCAAAGAGUCCCUAAAGAUACUGGAAGGUGGCAUUGAAAACUCAAUUGCAGUAGCCAGGUUUCAACCAGUAGAGGGCAGUCACUGGGCAUAUUUUUAACACAAUAUGUAGAAUUCAAAUGCUUUACACUUAAAUGUCAAGAUUUGGACCUGAAUCAAUCAACUACACUGCUAAAUAUCCACAUACAUUAGUGUUCAACUGAAAAAGUGGUUUUGGGGUUUAGUUACUUUUUAAAAUAUCAAUAUUGUUAUUACUAUUUGACAGGUCAUCAGUCACUGCGACUUCUGACAGCUGUCAAUCAGCUGUCAAGCCGUCAUCUGUUUGCAGCUCAGUCGAUGUGACGAGGAUUGUGGGUCAGAACAGCCAAAAACGCAUGCGGGCGUGCAGACUGCAAAAUCAGACGGGAUGCAGUAGAAUAUAAUGUAUUGGGACGUACUGAAUCUUUUUUUGGCGCACUAUAUACUAUGGUAGUAUGGGGAUUGGAACGCACAGAUGAUGUCACACAGUAGUUAACCUUUUACCUUUUGGAUACAAAAUGUCAUCACAUUUAUUUUAUCUUAUUAAACAUUUGUGUGAAAUUUCGUCAUAAUUAGCGUAUUAAUUCUUGGUUUAUGGCCAAAAACAUGUUUUGAAAGGUCACAGUGACCUUUGACCACCAAAUUCUAAUCAGUACAUCGCUGAAUCCACGGGUGCACUUGUUGCAAAUGUGAAGUUAUCCCCUAAAGGUGUUCUUGAGAUAUGGCAUUUGUGAGAAUGAGACAGGUGCAGGGUCACAGCCAAUUCUAAUCAGGUAGUUGUUGAGUCCAAGUGGAUGUUUGUGCCAAAUUUUCAGAAAUUCCGUCAAGGCAUUUUUGAGAUAUUUUGUACACAAGAAUAAAACAAACAAUGUCACAAUAAACCUUGACCUUUGACCACCAAAUUUUGAUAAGUUAAUUGUUGAGUCCAAGCAGACGUUGGUGCCAAAUUUUAAGAAAUUCCCUCAAGGUAUUUUUGAGACAUUUUGUACACAAGAAUAAAACAAACGAGGUCACAAUGACCUUGACCUUUGACCACCAAAUUUUGAUAAGUUAAUUGUUGAAUCCAAGCAGAUGUUGGUGCCAAAUUUUAAGAAAUUCCCUCAAGGUAUUUUUGAGAUAUUGCCUAUACAAGAAUAAAACAAACAAGGUCACAAUAAACCUUGGCCUUUGACCGCCAAAUUUUGAUAAGUUAAUUGUUGAGUCCAAGCAGACGUUGGUGCCAAAUUUUAAGAAAUUCCCUCAAGGCAUUUUUGAGAUAUUGCCUAUACAAGAAUAAAACAAACGAGGUCACAAUAACCUUGACCUUUGACCACCAAAUUUUGAUCAGUUAAUUGUUGAGUCAAAGCGGACGUUUGUGCCAAAUUUGAAGAAAUUCACUCAAGUUUUUAUUGAGAUUUUGCUUACACAAGAAUAAGAGAAAUGAGAUCAGGGUGACCUUGACCUUUGACCUUUACCACCAAAAUCUAAUCUGAGUCCAAGUGAACGUAAAAAGAAAACUGAGGAAAUUCUCUCAUGGCCUUCCUGAGAUUUCACGUUCAUGAGAAUAAGACGCAAGGUCACAGUGAUCUGACUACCCAAAAUCUAACCAGUUCUUCGACACACGACAUUUUCUUGAGGCUUACUUGAGAUACCGCAUUCAUGAGAGUAGGAGGAACGGACGGACAUACAACCCGCAAACAUACUGCCUGAGACCACGGCUAUAGCUAUUGGAGGCAUAACAACGAGCCCGGUCUCACUCCAAAGUCGUCGAAAUCUGGCGCUUUAGCAGUGACUUGCAGUGUCAGAAACCAACGAAAAAGGCGUCCUUUAACAUCGGCAUGAUACGUGGCCGGUUGCUGUUAUAGUUUAACGGCGCCCGGCGGCAUCAGGAGGAAACGUGGCAGGACAAGGACCGGGUGACGGAGGGCGGGAGGUGUGGUGGAUGGGUCAAACAACAUCGACUUUCACCCAAGAGAGAAGUGUUUGCGUCCCCUAAGAUCCUAAAGACAAACCCUGUUCUUUUAUCCUAAACCUAACUACGUGCUUUUGUCAAUUUGCCGUGUUGUACCGACGUAGUGCGUUUAUUUUGAAAGAGACUGUAUGCAAACGUUACAUUUCCUGUGAAACAGAAGCGUGUUUUGAAAGAAGACAAUGCAUGUAACAGGCAGAACUUGACCCAGCGUCCCAGAACGUCAACAACCAACUCACCCAGGGUACCUUGGACGACGUAUGUGGACGUGGAAAGUCCAUGAGAAGGACGCCAAUAUGUGACGAGGUCGGAGUGAGAAAUAAAGAGUCACAACAGCAGAAACCCUGAAAUGUAUUUCUUUUAAUUUAAUUCAAAAUAAAUACUACCACGGCAACGCAAGUCCACUACUGGGUUCUUGCCCUAAUGUUUUGGUAAGAAAACAAACAAGCAAACGAUCCAAAGAAAAAAGAAAGAAAAAAAAAAAAAGAAUAAAAAGAGACUUCAGUUAAUGCAUCCAUCAUCAUCAUCAUCAUCAUAAUCAUCAUCAUCAUCAUCAUCUUCAGCGACUUUCAAGAGGUGCCUUUUUUAACGACAUAGAAGGUAACACUGCCUAGAAUGACAAACAUAAAUAAAACAAAUACUAUGGUACAAAAAAAAUGGGGUCAAGGAGGAGCAGGGGAUGAUGGGAUUGGAACAACCUGAUGAAACCAGCACUGCAAAAUAAAAUAAAAAAUAAGAGGUCACCCAUGGUCCCACUUUUUUGUAUUUUUUUUUCUUUUUAAAGAAGGUGAAAGGAAACAGAAACGACAGUGCAGACUCCACAGUUACAGUUAUGUCCUCUCACAGAAUGUCAGGAGUCGAUCGUUUUUGGGGACCACGGCGACUGACGGAAAGGCGGGGGUGGGGGUUGUCUCCAUGGAAACAUCCUCCGUGGAUGAUAACAAGUCGAGUCGGUGCAUUGACCCGAGACGAACAAAAAAAAAAUCGAUGGAAGGGUCCAGUCUUUGACACUGUCUUUUUUUUUUUCCUUCUUUUUAUUUAUUUUUUCUUAAAUGCAGUUUUUGAGUCGUUUGUGGUUGUUGUAUUUUUCGUCACUAUUCUCAUCAGCAAGCUUGAAGUACAGUCACACAGAAAAGAAAUGUUUAUGUCUCGUCUGUCAAGAUGCCACCAAAGACCAAGAAAAAAAAAGGCAUUGCAUAUUUACAUCAAGAAGUUUGGGGCGACUUUUUUCUGGCAGUCCUCACAGUCUUCAUACAUGAGUGUCUCACGGCUCAGUUUUCUCGUGAUCUGUGACAUGAUUAGUGAUUUAUUGAUACCCUCGGUUUAGGUUUAAAAACCAUGUCUGUGUGUAAAUAAAUGUAUCUCAUAAUACUGACAGGACAGACGGGGACCAGAGUCCUGCAUCUGGAGCUGGAAGCCUCGUUUCUGUUGGUGUCUGCGUGAUAAAUUAAAAUUUCUUCACUCUGAUUUAUCGUCUUUAAACAGUCUCUGUUUAUGUGUGUGUGUGAAGAUGAAUGGAAACCUUGUGUGUGCUGUCAGGGUUCCUGCACAGCUCCAAUAAAGAUCCAAACUUUUCCUAAAAAAA